AUGGCAGCUCCACACUUGCGCCUGCAAGGCAGAAGACUGGUCCUGCUGUGCGCGCUCCUGGGGACACUGGGAGAGGCCAGAGCGACUCAGAUCCGCUACUCAAUGCCCGAGGAGUUGGAGAAGGGCUCCUUCGUGGGGAAUAUCUCCAAGGACCUGGGGCUGGAGCCGCGGGAGCUGGCGGAGCGCGGAGUCCGCAUAAUGUCCCGAGGUAGGGCGCAGCUGUUCGCUCUGAACGCGCGCAGCGGCAGCUUGGUCACGGCGGGCAGGGUAGACCGCGAGGAGCUCUGUGCCCAGAGCGCGCGGUGUGUGCUGAGCCUGAAAGUUUUGGUUGAAGACAAAGUGAAGCUUUACGGAGUGGAAAUAGAAAUAACUGAUGUCAAUGAUAAUAAACCGAAAUUCCAAGUUGAGAAUCUGGAAGUAAAAAUUAAUGAAAUCGCUGCUCCUGGCGCGCGUUAUCCACUGCCUGAGGCUGUGGACCCGGAUGUGGGCAUGAACUCCCUUCAAAGUUAUCAGCUCAGUUCCAAUCUGCACUUCUCCCUGGAUGUGCAAACUGGAGACGAUGGGGCUGUCCGGCCCGAGCUGGUGCUGGAGCGCGCCCUGGACCGCGAGCAGGAGGCCGUCCACCACCUGAUCCUCACCGCCCUGGACGGCGGCGAGCCGCGGCGCUCCAGCACCGCGCACAUCCGCGUGACCGUGCUGGAUACAAACGACAACGCCCCGGUGUUUGCUCAGCCGACCUACCGGGUCAAAGUGCCUGAGAACGUGCCCCAGGGCACUCAGCUGCUUGCCGUGAGAGCCAGCGACCCAGACGAGGGAGCCAACGGGAAGGUGGUGUAUAAAUUCUGGAAAAUUAAUGAGGAACAAUCCCCUUUUUUCGUGCUUAAUGAAACUACUGGAGAAAUAUCAAUUGCAAAAAGCCUUGAUUAUGAAGAAUGUUCCUUCUAUGAAAUGGAAAUACAGGCUGAAGAUGGUGGGGGACUAAAAGGGCGUGCCAAAGUGCUGAUCUCUGUGGAAGAUGUAAAUGACAACAGACCGGAAGUGACCAUUGCGUCUCUGUUUAGUCCAGUGAGGGAAGAUGCUCCCCAGGGAACAGUGGUGGUUCUUUUCAACGCCCAUGACCGAGACUCGGGGAAGAAUGGCCAAGUUGUUUGUUCCAUCUCAAACAGUCUGCCUUUCAAAUUGGAGAACUCCGUUGACGAUUAUUAUCGAUUGACAACAGCCCAAACUCUUGACCGAGAAAAGGCCUCUGAGUAUAACAUCACAGUGAGGGCCACAGACAGAGGAAACCCAGCCCUGUCCACAGAGAUCCACAUCGCUCUGAAAGUAGCUGACAUCAAUGACAAUCCACCUGCUUUCUCUCGAGCGUCCUACUCAGUCUACCUCCCAGAGAACAACCCCAGAGGCACCUCCAUCUUCAUGCUGAGUGCCCUUGACCCUGAUAAUGAUGAGAACGCUAGAGUUACUUAUUCCUUGGCUGAAGACACCAUCCAGGGUGCUCCUCUCUCUUCCUUUGUCUCCAUCAACUCAGACACAGGUGUGCUGUAUGCCUUGCAAUCCUUUGAUUAUGAGCAGUUCCGAGACCUGCAGCUCUGGGUGACAGCCAGUGACAGUGGGGACCCACCUCUCAGCAGCAAUGCCUCCCUCACCAUCUUCGUGCUGGACCAGAAUGACAAUGCCCCUGAGAUCCUCUACCCCACCCUCCCCACCGAUGGAUCCACAGGCGUGGAGCUGGCACCACGCUCUGCAGAACCUGGCUAUCUGGUGACCAAGGUGGUGGCAGUAGACAGGGACUCUGGCCAGAAUGCCUGGCUGUCCUACCGGCUGCUCAAGGCCAGCGAGCCAGGGCUGUUCUCUGUGGGGCUGCACACGGGCGAGGUGCGCACAGCACGGGCCCUGCUGGACAGAGAUGCACUCAAGCAGAGCCUGGUGGUAGCCGUCCAGGACCACGGGCAGCCGCCUCUCUCGGCCACUGUUACACUCACAGUGGCCGUGGCUGACAGCAUCCCUGCUGUACUUGCUGAUCUGGGCCACCUCAAGCCUUCAGUGGAAGCUGAUGAGGCAGACCUGACUCUGUACCUGGUGGUGGCAGUAGCUACAGUGUCGUGUGUCUUCCUGGCCUUUGUGAUUGUGCUGCUGGCACUCAGGCUGAGGCGCUGGCACCACUCCCGCCUCCUGCAUUCUGCAGGUGAUAGGUUGUCAGGCAUGCCAGCCUCACACUUGGUGGGCAUUGAUGGGGUACAGGCUUUCCUGCAGACCUACUCACAUGAGGUGUCCCUGACCACAGACUCCAGAAAGAGUCACCUCAUCUUCCCUCAGCCCAACUAUGCAGACACACUCAUCAGCCAGGAGAGCUGUGGGAAAAAUGCCUCCUUGUUGACAUCUGUAGAUUUUCAGGAAUGUAAAGAUGAAGCUGCUUGUGCUCAGGUGAGUUCAGUUCUUCCUCUUGCAGUUCCAUUGUGUUUGCGCUGAUCUCAGGGUUUUGAAGAUUAGACUGUGGUGAUCUCUGAAAAGGCUUACCAUGCAAUGUCUCCAGUCUAUUU